CUCGCUCGCUCGCUCUUACAUGCUCUGGCUCUUGCACACACACAUACAGAGAGGCUCUCAGUUCCUCAGCGGCUGCAGCGGAGUACAGAGGAGUCAGAGAGAGAGAGAGAAGCAGGGAGAGAGGGAAAGAGCGAGGACAGGCGGCACGGUAACGGACGUCGAGAGAGGGACACAACCUCAGAGAGAGAGAGAGAGUAGCUUAGGGAGAGAGAAAGGGAGAGAGAGAGAGAGAAACGGGAGGCAGGGAGAGCUGGAUAGCUGGUGGCUCACUCCCACACCUCAUCUUCACUUUGCUGGGACAGGCACAGAAUUGAUGUCCAAGGAGGCAGACUUGGAUGUGAGAGGCAGUGAGUGCGACACGGUCCCACAAGAGCCCAGCACAGACCCGGAGCCGCCCAGGCCGCCUCCAGUUAAGGCUAACGGACCAGAAGGCACCUCUGGCGUUUGCACGAGCAUCCCCUCCAGUAGCAACAGUAGCACCACCACCAGCGGCAGCGGCAGCAAAAGUGGUCUGGGUGGCAUUAGCAUCGUUAGCAGCAGCGCUGAGGGAGCAGGCGAAAGCUCCAUGCAGUUCAGCACCAGACCGCCUAGUGCUGAGCAGCCGGGCUUCAUGGGGACAUGGCAGCAGCAGGGCACUGACAGCAACCUCCUCUACAGAAUGUCCCAGCAGGCCAUUCGCUGCACACUAGUGAACUGCACAUGUGAGUGUUUCCAGCCGGGGAAGAUUCACCUACGCACAUGUGACCAGUGCAAACAUGGCUGGGUAGCUCACGCUUUAGACAAGCUCAGCACCCAGCACCUGUACCACCCCACCCAGGUGGAGAUCGUUCAGUGCAACGUGGUGUUCGACAUCAGCAGCCUGAUGCUGUACGGCACCCAGGCCGUACCCGUCAGGCUGAAGAUCCUGCUGGACCGCCUGUUCUCCGUGCUGAAGCAGGAAGAGGUGCUGCACAUCCUGCACGGCCUGGGCUGGACCCUCAGAGACUACGUCAGGGGCUACAUCCUGCAGGAUGCUGCAGGCAAGGUGCUGGACCGCUGGUCCAUCAUGUCCCGAGAAGAGGAGAUCAUUACCCUGCAGCAGUUUCUGCGCUUUGGUGAGACCAAAUCCAUAGUGGAGCUGAUGGCCAUUCAGGAGAAGGAAGGUCAGGCAGUUACAGUUCCCUCCUCCAAGACAGACUCUGGUAUUAGGACGUUCAUUGAAAGCAACAACAGAUCCCGCAGUCCAGGGAUCGUUACACAACUGGAUAGCAGUAGCCCAACAAGCAUUCACCAUUUUGAGAAUAUCCCCAACAGCUUAGCCUUCCUCCUGCCCUUCCAAUACAUCAACCCAGUCUCUGCACCCAUGCUCGGCUUGCCCCCUAAUGGCCACCCUAUGGAGCAGUCGGCUCUCCGGCUCCGGGAGCCCAGCUUGCCAAACCAAGUUGAACAGGUGGAGACCAGUGACUCAGAAGUGUCCCUUUCACCCUUCCGCUCAGGCCAGAGCCCUAGCCGUGGAGCCCUUGGAGGCAUUAACAACAUUGAACCCAAGACAGAGCCCAGUAACAGGGCAUCACCCAUCUCACCGACCCCUUCCACGCAUCACGCUCAACAACAGCCGUCACAGCACCAACAGCAGCAGCAUGGCCAACAGCAGUCCCAAAAUCAACCUCAGCAAAACAACAGUUUGAAUGACCACCAGGUCCACCACCGCUUUAUAAAGGAUGAGCAGUCAAGAUCCAUCACCCAUGGCUCCUUUUCUUCCAAGAUGCAUCGCAUGCGGCGCAUGGGAUCAACUUCACGCAAGGGACGUGUCUGUUGCAAUUCUUGUGGUAAGACCUUUUAUGACAAAGGCACCCUUAAGAUACAUUAUAAUGCUGUGCACCUGAAGAUCAAACACCGUUGCACCAUUGAAGGUUGCAAUAUGGUCUUCAGCUCCUUACGCAGCCGCAACAGACACAGUGCCAAUCCCAAUCCACGGCUGCACAUGCCAAUGCUGCGCAACAACCGUGACAAGGACCUCAUCCGCUCAACCUCUGGUACACCUGUCAUCUCAAGCACCAAGAAUGGUGGCUUCUCACUUACCAGCCCUGGAAGGCCACCACUGGGUUUCACUACUCCACCUGUAGACACUAUGCUUCAGUCACCCCUGCACAGCCCACUGGUCUUCCCUUCCCUGAAGUCAGUUCAUCCUGUCCAGCCAGUGCCCCCAUUCUAUCGCACACUACUUUCCCCUGCGGACCUUGUCAGUCCUCCAGUGUCACUGCCGACCAGCCCAAUCCUACCUAUAACCACCAACAGUACCACUCUGAUGGACCAACAACAGCAUCUGCUGGCUGUUGCUGCAGCAGCGGCUUCACACAAUAAUGUUCAUAUGUCAGAUGCAGGAUCCCUGUCCCAUCGUUUUAAUAUACACCAUGCCAAUCAUGACCUCACCACUAGUAGCAGUGACCCAACACCCAAAAAGAAGCCUCGUAAAUCGAGCAUGCCAGUAAAGAUUGAGAAAGAAGUGAUCGAUGUGGCGGAUGACUAUGAUGAUAAAGAUGAUGAUGAUGACGAUGACAUCCACCAUAAUCACCACCAUCAUUCAUCCCUUCUUCACAACAAUGUCAAAAUGAAUGGUAACUGUAAUAGCAACAAUAACAGUGGUAGUGGUACUGGGAACCACAGUGGUGGUAGUGGGCAACAAUCUCCUUCCCAAGAUGAGAUGAGCCCCGGCCUGAGAGGCAUGAUGAAACAGAGUGAAGACGAAUGCCGGGAAGGUACAGGUAGUGACAGCAGGGGUGGAAAUGAUCUUCAGGGCGAGCUACGUUGUAUGGGCAGCUUCACCUCUGAGGACCAAGACCAUGAAAGAGACUUUGAGAACGAAUCUGAAACCUCUGAUUCUAAAAUGUUCUAUCGUGAUGAUCCGAUAGACGUGGAGGACCAGCAAAAGCAAAGCAGGGGUGGACGGUGUCUGGAGAAGGAUCACGAUGAUGAGGGCAGUGAGGAAGCCCAAUUGAGAAAGGAAAUGGAAAGCAAGGGUCAUUCCUCACCCUCACCUCCUCAGCCCCCUAUCAGGAUCAAGGAAGAACUCAACGAUCCUACAUACGACAUGUUCUGCAUGGGCCAGUACGGCCUCUAUAACGGAGGCAUGGCAGCGGCUGCUGCUGCUGCAAGCAUGGCCGCUCUGCAUGAGAGCUUCAUCUCUUCCAUGGGCUACGGUGCCAGCCCACCCAAAUUCCCUUCGUCUCAAUCACCAGAGGAAGACCCAUGCUCAAGUCCUGACCCCAAGAUCUGCUAUGUGUGUAAGAAGACCUUCAAGAGUUCCUACAGCAUGAAACUGCACUACAAGAAUGUGCACCUCAAAGAGAUGCAUGUGUGCACUGUCACUGGCUGCAACGCUGCUUUCCCUUCACGGCGGAGCCGAGACAGGCACAGCUCCAACAUCAACCUGCACCGCAAACUGCUGACCAAAGAGCUGGACGACAUUGUCCUGGACCCCCAACACCCGCCACUGCCCAAGGACCUGCGCGCCGAGUUUCUGGCUAAGAUCUACGCCGGGCAUCACAUGGGCAUGGACCCGUAUGCCAGGAUGGGCAUCGGAGGCGGCAGCCUUCGGCCCACUGGCCUGAACCACAAUGCCCGUUCCCUGAUGAGCAGCGAGUAUCCCCACCACACUCUCAACCAUAACCUGAAAAAUCACCACAGCAACGGCUUCUCCCGGGGCCAGCCAGACGACUACAUGGUGUUGGACCUGAGCACCACAUCCAGCGUUCAGUCCAGCAGCAGUGUCCACUCCUCACAUGAGUCAGACGAGGGCAGCGAUGAAGGCAUCCUAUUGGAUGACCUGGAGGAGGAGGAGGGGGUAGAGGAGGAGGGGGUAGAGGAUGAGGAGGAGGGCAACAGUGAGGGGGAGGACUGCUCCCAGCAUGCCGAGGGGCGGGCUGAAGGAAGGCAUCUGGACGAGACUGUAGAACUAAGAGGAGAAGGACAAGGUGAGGGGUUGGAACCGACCUCCUCACCAUUCCUCUUUUCGUCUAGCGGGGGCAGUCACGGGGGCAGUCACGGGGGCAGUCACGGGGGCAGUCACGGGGGCAGUCACGGGGGCAGCCACGGUGGCAGUCACGGUGGCAGCGGAGGGAUCCUCUGCAACAUCUGCCAUAAAAUGUACAGCAACAAAGGAACCCUGCGUGUGCACUACAAGACUGUGCACCUGCGCGAGAUGCAUAAGUGCAAAAUCCCCGGUUGCAACAUGGUGUUCAGCUCUGUGCGCAGCCGUAACCGACACUCUCAGAACCCCAACCUUCAUAAAAACAUGCCCUUCUCCACGAUAACAGACUAAAUAAUGACUUGCUACUUGACCCCGCUGUCAGUCGGCCCGCUCCUCCCUUCAUUCCUCAUCCUUAUUCCUCCUCAAAUGAGCUCUUAAUCCCAGCCCAGGGCCAUCAAAUACAGGCUAAAUGCCUGUAUGCCUCCUGCCCGUCAUUCAGUCAUUGAAAGACAUUUCUAUGUCCCUCUAUAAAAAUGCAUCGACUCUAAAUACAGUUUAUUAUCGUGACCUUUGACUUUUCCUUCUUUGGAAGAACAGGAUGACGCUCUCGCGCAUGGAGUUUGCUUUAUAACAAAACUCCACUUGUGUUUUUAUUCAUAAGCCCCUCCAUCUUUCAUUUGAGACUCCUCCCAACUUUUUUUGUCCGUCUCCAAAGAAUCUAUUCAAACUCUUAUUUGUGACUUUGCCUGCAGAAAUGAUAGUAUUGAAAAAAAAGAAAAUCUUCUUGUUGUAUUUGUGUAAUGAUAGCUUUUAAAUGAACCCCCUUACAAAAAGCAUGACAGCUUCAUUUGUAAAUAAUGUCCCACGAGGCUUUUGGUGUAAAGAGUUGUGUUGAUGGUUGUUUGCUUCUUUUUUCUCUCUCGUUAUGGUUUUAUGUUACAGUCCAGUACAAUACUUCCAGCUUUAGGCAAGAAAGAGGUAGCAUCUUACUAGCUUGACUCAUUUAUGUUAGCUUCAACGACACGUUUUAACUGAGUCCUAGGAAAAAAAGAAUAUCAUGUGACUUGUUUUAUCUACUUGUUAGAUAUUCAGAGGUUGCCGGCAUGCUUUUUUUGGCUCCUACACUGAUAUCAUUCUCUGUAUUUCUAUUGUUUUAUUUUUUUAUUUUGUCUGUUUUGUUUAUGAGCUUUAGUAUACCAAUUCAGUUUUUGCACUUUGCAUCUAUACAAGGGGAUGUGUAAUAUUAUUAUAAUGAGGACUUUUGCAAUGGUGAGUUUAAGUGUUGUUCGGGGUCAUUGAUGGCUACAGUGCCAAGGUAAAUAAUACCUUUAACGUAAUAUGCCAGUUUCUUUUUGCACGUGCUCAAACACAGUUUCACAACAGAAAACAACUUGUCUCCUUGAACAAAAUCUUCCCCCAUUGCUAAAAAAAAAAACGAAUUCAGAGCGUCUCCGAAGUACCUUGCCUCAAAACAAAUCCAAGCGUGAAUGACUAUAAACUGCUGAUCCACAAACACAAAGUUAAAUAUUGAUAAAGUCUCUCCUCUCUGUUCAAUGUGUGUAUGGUUGCCAGUAAUGGUCACACUAAUUACUUCAGAGGUGUAACUGUGUAUAAAGCAUGACAUUAUUGUGACAUUCUCCAACAAAGUUAUCAAUGCAAGAACUUACGUUUGUUUUUACAAAAGGCAUCUUAGUGAAAUAUGACGGUCCCAUAGAUUUGAAGAAAAAAGAUGAAAAUAGUCAUUCAACUGUGACCAAAUCAAAAGUGAUUGCUUCAGAAGAGCUCUUUCAGUGUGAGAGUGUGUACUUAAAUCAUGCCCCAUUGGAUUCAUAUGAUGCACUUGAGUCUUAAAAUCUUUUGCUGUGAUAUUUUCGGUAUCGGUUUCCAUUGCUGAGUGUCGGCUACAAAUGUACUCUAUGAAAAAUGUUGCCAUUUUUAACAUGUCCAUGACUGUCUUACGGUACAAAUUGUUUCCAGUAACUGGGCAAAGUAGCCAAGGGAAGGGGUAUUUAUUGGUUGGUCAUGUACCUUCAUGGAGUUUUUUUUUUUGUUGGUUUAAAGAAUAUUUUUUGUAAAAAGACAAAAAAAUAGAGAUUGUUCCUCAGUUUGUUUAUCAGUGUAUUAGCGAUGCCAUGUGUUACUAUAGGAGAUCUUCUCUUACUUGACUGGUGCUACACACAGAGGGGGACAUAUGCAGUGUUAUACGGUGGGCUGUACAGUAUUCACCUUACAUCCAUAACAGUGUUGAGUUCCACUUGUUUCAUACUCAAGCCAUUUUUACAAUAUAGACAUGACCUAUUCUGACGAGAUAUUUCAUGCUUUUUUUUUUAAGACUCCACCUAUAUGACACAUGCAGUUUCCAGUCCCCUCUUCUCAGAGAUAAAGAGAGCGAGACAGAGAGCUGAGGCUGAUGGAAAGGUUGCGGAGGUGGAAGGCUGACUAGGGAGGAAAAGGAUGACAGCAACGAUCAUUAAAAAUGUGCUGCUUCUCCGUUACCUGGAGGCGUCCCUGCCAUUCCAGCUUCUUCUGUCUAAUAACUCACUUGUCACUUCGUUACACUGCCAGACUCCAAGGUUGCUGACAAGACUGUGACACUGACAGAAAGAGAAAAAGAAGAGAAAAGACUGAACAAUUCAAUUCGACCCAUUCAAUUUAGUUGGAUUCAAUUCAUCUAUUCACUAUCUAUGUGUGCUUAUUCUUAUUCAGGGUCGCUGAUAAUUUAGUUCUAUUUCUCUCUUAUUCUUUUUUUUCCUCUUUGUCUGUCAGAGCGCAGUCAUUUAACAACCGCCUUACCCAUUUCUUCAACCCGCCACUCACUUACCACCUCCACACCCCACAGCGCAGGUCCUACAGGGACACACACUAAUAGUGUAUGCUUAAGUUCACCGGACGGCCAUGGCAUAGGAAAAAGGGAUGGGUAAUUGCCUGUUUAUCCCAAGUGAAGGGAAAAUUGAGUACAGGAACCCCUGCCUUUUCCCAGGAGUGGGUUUCACUGAGGCGCUCGCUGCCUCAUUCACUCAUUCAAUCCCCCCGGCCCUCGCUCUGGCAGAAAUAAAAAAGUGCUAUUCGAGGAACCCUGCUGACAGCUGUCUCUCUAACACACAACCAUACUAAAACACACACACAUGCACACAGAGGAGAGUGGCGCACACACACAUAUGCUUUCUACUUACAGGCCAGAAAGAUGACAAGAACUAGAUGACUUGUUAACCUCUAGUGAUGGAGGAGACAGGGUCAGAGAAAUAUAGAGUGUGUUCUCACCACAGGAAAUUAAACUCUCCAUCUAGCAUUAACAUUAUAGCUGCUGCCACUACAUAGAAGGCUAAUACUCCAUUAUGGAGAAUGAUGGGGGCUAGCAGUCAGGCAUAGAAAAUCCAAAGCUCUUAUUAUUAUUUCAUUUUACAUUUCCAACAGCUAAUAAUUGAGACAUUUGACCAAAACUGUUUAAUUGAGAAAAAAAUAUCCAGAACGCCAGCAAGCUUACAGAUUGAUUUUAACUUUGUAGAAUUAUUUGAGCUGUACAUACCCAACAAAGGUAAACUUAAGAUAAAUGUGCACUGCCCAAAUAACCUCAGUUAUUUUUGAUCUGACAAAAACACAUUUUCCACUACACUUCUGCCCUGUUCCUAGCAGUCUAUUUCUCAAGCAGCAGCCGCAGUGCAUGACCUCUGUCUACAUGUAUGUACUUGUGUGUGCCCGGAAAGACAGGCAAGAUAUUCCCUCACCAACACCCUUCUCCCACCUCCUACGGGCUCCUUCUGAGUCCUGCAUGGUGAUGGUGAUGCCAAGCUGCGAAGCUCAGAGCGGCAAAAGGCUGGCAACAGAUCUGAAAAACAAACCACUGUCCGGCAUCGCCAGGGAAACAGACUGGAGAGAUGGCGUAAAGGGAGUGGGCUUAGAAAGUGGUCUAGCAGUAGCCUUGCGGCAGUCACUUAACAAGGCAGGGGAGAAAGAGAGGAGCGAGCAGCGGGGCCAGGACUCCCCGGGAGUCUUCGCCAGCUUUUUCUAGAUUGCCUGCUGGAGAGCGAUCGCCACCCCUCACAUCUCCACCCCUCUCCCCCUACACUUUCCUCUCCUCUGAGAAAUGACCACCAAUUUCCCCCUCUCCUCUGAGAAAGGCCCCCCCUAUCCAAUCUUUGUCUCCCUCUUUUACUUCCCCAACCACAUGGGCCCAGGUGCUUUCUGCUAGCUAGUGACCGGGCUGUGGAUCCGCAGGAACACGUCACUAAGAGCGCCUCGUUGGCUGCGACCACUGGAGUGAAUCUUUAAUAUUUGAUUAGAAGAGCGUCGGGCAUCAAUUAUUCUGUAAUUCUACAUAGCACACGGGGAGAAGGGCAUGGCAAACGGCUGACCUGUUCAUCACUGUCCGUUCUGUUCACUUCACAUCGUGGAUGAGAGGGGACGCCACAUGUCAUGUUAAUGUAGCUCAUGGAACAAAGUGGGAUUCAAAUGUUUAAAAGGACACCAUAAGAAAUAUGCAGAUAGUAGAAAAAUACACACAUAUUUGUAUACAGUAGAUGCUUCAGUCUCAUGUGUUCUCGAAAAAUACCCUCGUUAAUUUGAACUGGAACCUGUGAAAUGUCAAGAAUUAAUUCAUUUCAUGUUUUCCAUUGUGCCAAUUAUAUUUUACAGUCUUAAAUAUAAAUAAGCUUGAAGAGCUGGUGAAUUUCGAUUUUUUUUUUUAUUUCACUUUUUUCUGUAUCACAUGCAUUUGUUUCUUUAAAAAGCCCGUGUUCUGGCACGGGCACUCGACAGCGUUGCAUGGCUACAUCGUCGCACUGCAAACAACGAACAGAGCAGAGGAGCUUACGUUACUUUGGUGUCAAAAGGGUGAUUUGGAAGCCUCAUGAAUACUGUAUGUUACCUAAACAGGUGUUUCCCAUUUGCAGUGAGGAGGAGAAAAAUGGUCCUCUUUUUAAAAAGACUUGUUUCUUUCUUUUCUUUCUUUUUUUGCCUUUCUUGUAUUUGUUUCUGUAUCAUAACUGUCUAUGGUUUUUGCAUAAAAUGCAUAAGGGUUUUGGGAUGUAAAUGGAAUUGUAUUCAUAUUUUGUCCAAAUACCUCUUGUAAUUUGUAUCAGAAUUCUUGUACAAUUUUUAUAUUAAAGAUUUAUCAGUCACUG